AUGGCCACUACCAUUGCACUUGCUGAUAACAACCAACUGCUUCCGCUACAUUUACUGUGUAAGGAUUCUUAUUCAAUCAGUCCUAAUCUAUCUAUUCCCUUGUGGAGAGUCAAAGAACCCAAACGCAUUCCCAUUGACAUGCCACUAGCCAAGUCUGAUUUAUGGGCUCAUGUGUGGGGAGUAUCGCUGCUACUGGCUCAAUUGGCUUGCUCUGUCUUUCAGGAAGAAGUGGUUGACGCAACUGUUUUGGACAUUGGCACUGGCAUGGGAGUAUCUAGCAUUGCUCUAGCUAUAUCUGGUGCUGCGUUGGUGGUUGCUACGGACUUUGCACCCGAAUCUGUGGCUAUUGGACGAAUGAAUGCUGAACUCAAUGGGUUUAAUGAUUCCAGGCUUAGAUUUGAUCACUUGAAUUGGCAUGAGCCUUUAGAUUCUUCCCUCGUUGCCAAGUUUCAUCUGGUUGUUGGUGCCGAUGUCAUCUAUAUGCGCAAUGCCCUGUCUAGCAUUGCUCGUAUCGUUGAUGAUGCCAUGCUGUCUGGUGGUAUCACUGUACUAGUUGAUGCUGGUCGUCCAAACGUUGAAGAGUUUCAGGAUGCUUGUUUCGAUCGUGGACUCGUUGCUACCCAUUACGAUAUAUUCAGAUAUCAGACAUCUGUCUGUGUGCUACGCAAGGCAAGCAUUGUUGUAGUCACCAAAGGCGAGCCUUCUCUUCGUUCCCAAGCCAUUCAUCAACGCAUUGCAGAGUUUUGCAAGAGUACUGCUGGUUUGCCUCUUGAAACCAAAGAGGUGUUUGUUAGCGAGUUUGGAUGCUGCCAAAAGACGUGA